AUGUUGGCUGCCAUUGAAACUCAGUGUCUUGUGUUAAUUGUAGCCAAAACUGUAUUUGAGUUGAAAAAUUUACUUUCUUUCUUCUCUUUGUCUUUCUUUCUCUUCUUACCUCACUUUUUCUUUUUUUCUUCUCUUAACUCGCAUUGUCUUUCUUUCUCUUCUUAUCUCACUUUUUCUUUUUUUCUCCUCAUAACUCGCAUUGUCUUUCUUUUCCUCUUACCUCGCCUUGUCUUUCUUCUCCUCUUACCUCGCCUUGUCUUUCUUCUCCUCUUACCUCGCCUUGUCUUUCUUCUCCUCUUAACUUGCUUGGUCUUUCUCCUCUUACCUUGCUUUUUUUUUUCUUUCUCCUAUUACCUCGCCUUUUCUUUCUUUCUCCUAUUACCUCGCCUUUUCUUUCUUUCUCCUAUUACCUCGCCUUUUCUUUCUUUCUCCUCUUACCUCGCCUUUUCUUUCUUUCUCCUCUUACUUCGCCUUUUCUUUCUUUCUCCUCUUACUUCGCCUUUUCUUUCUUUCUCCUCUUACUUCGCCUUUUCUUUCUUUCUCCUCUUACUUCGCCUUUUCUUUCUUUCUCCUCUUACUUCGCCUUUUCUUUCUUUCUCCUCUUACUUCGCCUUUUCUUUCUUUCUCCUCUUACUUCACUUUGUCUUCUUUCUCGUCUUAGCAUUUUUUUUUCUUUCAUUCAUUAACUCAUUUGUUUUCAUUUCCUUUAUAAAUUCUUGCAUUUAUAUCAUUUUGCUUCUUGCUGUUCUCACAUUUGUCUUCUGUUGGUUUGACUUUCUGUCCAUCCUUCUUUUUCCUCUUCAUCCUUUUCUACUUCCCUUUUCUUCUUUCUCCAUCCUUUCCCCUCACUCUCUCCUUCUUUUCUGCAUAUCCUUAUUUCUCCCCUUGAGGUGUCUCUCUGUUAUACUUUCUUUAUCCACUUCUUCAUCUUAUUUUUUUCUCCCUUUCUUUUUCAUAAAUUUUUUUUCCACCCUCCUUAUUUCUUUGUCACUCUUUUCCUUCAAGAUUUUAUUAUUUCUUUCCAGUGUAUCAUUUUUUUUUCUUUUCACCAUUUUGAGAACUUUUCUCUCUUUGCACUUUUUACUUUCCUUUAAUAUUUUUUUGUCUUUUGCAAACUUUUGGCUUACCUCCCUUGGCAAAUGUUGGCAGGCUUAA